AUGAGGGCCAUGUGUCUGAAGGUGUAUGCUUCGAAGGAAGGUUACAACACGCACGUGCGACGCAGAGAAAGACUACAAGAAAUUAAAUCCAAAGAGAGUUCUACAUUGACCAGCUGAGUGCUGCGUAGAGUAGUAGCGCAGACGCGUAGUGAAAGCGAGAAGGUCCAUUGCUUUAACAACGAACGGAACCGAAUUUCUUCAUCCCGGGACAAGUUCUCCUUCAAACGCGUGUUCUGUCACACUAGUCAUCUAAGCUUUUCUUCCAGCACCAGUCAUCGGGUAUUCGGUGGGUUACAAGUUCAACAAAACCGUCUGCGAAGAACGUGCGGGGCAACUGACGACGCAAAAGAGUUGUAACGUGAAGAAGCCGUCAGAUGAGAAUGCCGAAAGGCACCAGAACGACAAAAGGUCGACUUCCGCUUAUCACGGUCUGAAUGAAUGAUGUACGUGACGUACAAAAGUUUUCAUCAUCUUCUACAGCUCCACAAAAAUCCUAUAAAAUGGGCACAGCAAUGGAUCUCAUCACAAGGCAGUCAGACCUCUUCCCACGUCCUCGUAGCCCUUCACCUAAUCCCGGAGAAAGGACUUCCCGUCCCGCUACUGAAGGAUAUGGCCGGCAGCACCAACCCGCAGCAGACCGUUGGAGCGGCCCUCCUCAUCGUCUUCCUACUGGUCGCGUCCGUGACGCCGGCGUUGGCGAGCACCCUCACUGUAUUCGAGGGGCCUGGAUGCAGUGGAAAGAGCAAGGACAUCAACGGCUGCGGGUGCUUCAACCUCGGCGUUUACACCGGCGGCUUUCACUUUGUGUACACGGAGGGUCAGGCGGCCGAGCUAUACGCCUUCUCCAACUGUGCUAGCCGCGAGCUUCCUGACCGUCUCGACGUGGAGACCCGCAGUUGCGUCCGCAACGAGCACCGCAGCGUCGAGAUGCUCUGCUAA